UUCAUCUGAACGUAACAAUUAACAAAAAAAACUAAAUACCAACAUGUGAAAAUUUGAAUACGCAUUUGAGUGUGAAACAAUUUAACAAUUAGUAUUACAAUUUAAUACAAGACAAUUAACCAAGAUGGAUUUACUAAUUGUUAAAAUGUUCAUUUUUCUUCAGUUAAUUAUGAUGAUUAGUCAACAAUCAAGAGCAGAUCAACGGAAUCUUGGUUUAUCAGCUUUAACAGGAGGAUUAGAUCCAGUUGGUUUACUCAAAGCGGUUAAAUUUGCAAAUACUGCAAGUCAAUUGCUUCCCGUUGAUCCGAAAACUAUGGUUGAUACAACGUUAAAAACAAUGGAAGAUUAUUCACCAAUUACUCUUCCCCAAUCAUCCUCAUCAUCAGGAGAUUCAACUGUCGACGAAACAAUUAAAUUAACUUCGAGUCAACUUAAAUUAUAUUUAACUCAAGAACAAGUUAAUCGUCUAAUUGAAAGUGCUGGUCUUGCCUCAAAAACCAUUGAUUGGAAGAUCUAUCGAUUUCCAUUGCCACUUGAUAAAAUGGAGUCAAUGCUAAGAGCUAAGCAGGGAUCAUCAUCAUCAUCAUCAUCGCGACUUUCAAUUAUGUCAAUUGAUUCUUACAUUCCCAAGUUGAUGUCCAGUCUUGAUGGCUUACAGGUUAAUAAUUAUCGAUUACUUCUGAAAAAUAUUGAAACUGAUAUGGAUUAUGAUGAGUUUUUGGAAUAUUAUGACCAAUUAGAUGAUGUUGAUGAGGGAAUGACCAUCCUGCCGAUAGGAAUGAAAACUGGAACAAUUGAAAAACCUCCUGGGGCAAUUAUGCUCAUUGGAUUGGCUAAAUUUUCCGCUGAUCGUAAACAACAUGACCCACCAAGUAUCGUCCCGACAAUUUUGAUCGGACAAGUUGGUCAAGUUUCACCUCUUCAAUCUAAAUCAGAGCCAAUCGUUGAGGAAUCCAAAACGUCCACUUCAACCCCUGAAACGGUGGUUGAAACUCCCAAGAAUGAUCCAGAAGCUGCAACAAUCUUAGAAGCGAAUGAAUCGCCUCUCCCUGAACCAAAUGUUCCAAUCGCAGCUCCUCCCCCAAUGACCAGUGGAGGUGGUGGACCAACAACUCAGCCUCAGGCAACAUUUUUCCCCCCACAACCCUCAAUGAACCAUCAACCUCAACCUCAACCACAACCUCGACCCAUGCAACGUCCUCCACAGCCUCAACAACCAAGGCCAAAUUUGCGACCUCCACCGCCAUCAUUUGACGGUAGACCUUCAUCUCAACAACAAUUUCAACCAAAUUCAAGGCCAAUCCCUAGACCAAGAAUGGACAAUCAAGGUUAAUCAACUGGACAUGGAGUUUUUUUAUUUCACAAUUUUGGUGUUAAAUCUCAAGACCAUUUAACCCAAUUUACUGUCAAUCAUUUCACUUUAAAACUAAACCAGAGAAUCUAUUAUUUCAAAACAAAAUGAUAACAAUAAUAAAAAAACAAAACAAAUCCACUGAUACAACAAUUUGAUUGUGGAUCAAAUCAAAUUAAUUAUUCUAAUAAAAGAAUAAAAAAAAACA